CGGGGUAAAAGGCGGAAAGCAAACCGGUGUUCAUCACAAGAUAUAUUUUAAAUUACUCGCAAACCAUGAAAUUUGAUAACGUACCGAUAAUAACUGCGUAGUAUAAUCUGAACACAGUCGAUGGUACGCAGUACAAAGGAUCUAUAUGCGACUUGGUGCUGACGAUAGCCGCAAACACUUAGAUGCUAUACUGGAAAAAAAUGCUAUAACUUUGAGUGAAACUUCCAUCUUAGAAAACGCACAAAGCUUCGUAAUAAAGGGAAACGUUUUGACGUCGUUGCGGAAAUAAUAACAGAAUCGGCGUCAUAAACACAGAUGUUACCGAGAACUCGCCGGGAUGUCACUUGAACGUUAAUACCUAAUCGACGUCAUAUACAUUCAAAGUUGUAUUGUCAACGUCGUCGAUCUCAAACACAGUUACGCCAAAUAAACACAAAAGAAAUGGCAAGCAUCGAAGUCAGCACAACGUCAUCGGCAUCCACUGCUACAACCAUGGGAACGGAAGGUAAAAAAGCGCCCAGAAAGAAUAAGCUAGUUAUAGAAGCGGACUCAAAGAUCAAGCGAGAACUCAACCGGAAGGACCUCAAGUAUAGUCACCGGCCGUCCGUCUUCGUCGUCAUCAUAAAAUGGUUCUCAACUGCCCUAAUCUUCCUGAUUCUAUUGGCUUUCGUAAAUUUUAGCAAAAUCGGAGCAAUCUCGCUCUCUCACAUGAUGUCUCGCGGAGUUUUCGAAACCGGGACAGCACAGCAACGCGCACAUGGUAUUUUGGUUUUGCUGCAGAUCGCAACAAUCGUUCCUCACGUGUUCAGCUUUCUACGCGGCAUCCUCACCGGUGCGUUGCGGAAGGACAUCCCCUGGCCCAGCCGACGAUCCCUUAUCGGGGGCGUGGCACUGAGCUUAGUGGAGUCAGUUGGAACCACGCUGUUCGUGUUCUGCGUACCGGGGCUCACAGGGCCGGGAACUACGGUGUUACUUAUGAGUGGGGUCUUCGUACUUCCCGUCCUAUACAACGCUUUACAUAGCUGGAUGGAGCAUAGGGGGCGCACGGCCAAGUUUUUCUUUACGGUGGCUAUCGCAUUUGAAUUGGCUGGUUUCGGUUUAGCAGGAUACACGUUCGCGAACCAUAACAAGAUCCCUGAUCAGGACGUGGGCACUGUGGGGGAUUCCACCAGCUUUGGUGUCAUGGUUACUGCUGUGCUAUGCCUCUCCGUUGCCUGGAUACCGGCCAUCCAGUGCCGAUUGUUGAACACCGGAAGUGACGCCGACGUGACGUUAGCACAACCGAUCGACGAGAGUCUUGUGUUCGCCAGCGAAAUCAUGGGGCACAGCGAGCCAUCAAGUAACCAAUCCAUAUCCAACAGCAAUCAUAUGCGAACAAGCGUCCGAUUGAACAAUGUUAUCGCCGCCCAGCCCGCCCCAAAACCAAACCGGAAGUUGGCCCCGUCUACGUGGAAACUGACGAUUGUCAUGUCCGCCGUGAAGGCUGUGUGCAUAUUUGGCUUUUCCAUCCUGUUUUACGCGGAGGUGUUGCCCAAUGCCUCUGCUGAUGACUGGGUGAAGGGAUGGGGGCAAAUGAGCCAGCUGACCAAGACUGAUUGGGUGAUGUUCGUCGGCAAUAUCGGCGGAACUUUCUUUGGAUAUUUCACGGCUUACUUCGCUUGCACCACGCGCAUGCAGCGGUUCGGAUUCUCAGUUCCUUUGACGUUGUUCAGCACGCCGCUAUCAUACGUCACUUUCUACGCAAUGUGCCCGCGUGGUGUCUUAGGUGAAGCCAAUUGCACGAUGUAUGGCGACGCAUUCUCGGUGAGCGCUCUGGUUUUGCUCGUUGUCGCUCAGACCCUUUCCAACGGUUAUCUGCUCUUCGGAUCUCAGUUUCUAGCCAUGCUGAAAGAAGAUCAGUUGUUUUGGACGCCUAUGUACACCAGCGGCCUGCUGGAGCAGUGGCUUAUGUUGUCCAAGAAGACUGAGUACCACGACGAACAGCAUGAGGAUCCCGUGCUAAAGGCGAGCCGGACGAAGGUCAUCAUAUGUACCACAAUGUACAGAGAGGCGGACUACGAAAUGCGACAACUCCUGCAGUCAAUCAACGGCAUCCAUCGCGCACAGACGGACGGUGUAUGGAAAUUCGAGUCGCACAUAUUCUUCGAUGGCGCCGUGAAAGACGUUUAUUUUAACCUAACGGAUUUCGUUCUACAGCUUAUAUCUCUGGCAGAAGAAGAACUAGGUGUGAAAGCACAGUUUUGUACGCGCACGAGCACACCGUACGGAUUGUCCAUUUCAUGGAAUCUUAACACCAAGCUCACCAACAACCUGGACCGAGAUAUGGUCUUCAAAAUACACCUCAAGGAUAACAUCAAGGUGAAGAAUAAGAAGCGAUGGAGCCAAGUGAUGUACAUGUCAUACGUGCUGGACUUCAUUCUGAAACAGGAGGAAUGUUCCGAGGAAGAAUGUUUCAUUCUCACCACCGACGCAGAUGUCCGCUUCAAUGUUAACUCUGUGGAAGCGCUGCUUGACCUGAUGACACGUGACCCGAGUGUGGGGGCGGUGUGCGCGCGCACCCGUCCGCUAGGAAGCGGCCCCCUCGUCUGGUAUCAGGUGUUCGAGUACGCCAUUGGUCACUUGUUCCAAAAGGCAGCCGAACACGUGAUCGGUUCGGUCCUAUGUUCACCCGGAUGUUUCAGCGUCUACCGUUGCAGCGCUAUCCGUGACAUCCUACCCGAGUACGCCACGAACGUGGAACGCGCGUUUGACUUCCUGAUCAAAGACAUGGGGGAGGAUAUGUGGUUCUGCACACUCAUGGUGCAGAGUGGAUGGAGAAUCGAGUACUGCGCAGCCGCAGAAAAUAGUACGCAUUGCCCAGAAGACUUCGAUAAAUUCUUCAAACAGCGUCGCCGUUGGGUCGCCUCCACGUUGGCCAACCUCAUGUUGCUGGUGAAAGAGUGGAGCACAAUCUCGAGACUGAAUCCCCGAGUUUCCGUCGUGUUCCUGCUAUAUCAAGCUGUGCUCCUUUUUGCCACUCUGAUUGGACCCAGCUCCAUCAUUCUCGUGGUCACAGGCGGUUUGACGUAUGCAUGGAAUGUAAACUCUACGACGACCGUGAUACUACAGCUGAUAGUGACGGUGCUAUACGCCGUGAUUUGUCUUACGACGUCAUCGAAAACGCAGCUCAAUACGGCGAAAUUGUUAACAUUCGUGUACGCCAUCAUCAUGGCUGCGGUGAUGGUGGGAACCGCUGUUCAGGUUGCCAAAGACAUCUCAAAGGCGAGCGAUGCAGCGUUGAUCCACCCAUCAUUCCCAAUAUCUCCUACCACUCUGUACCUUGCCAUCAUUGUGGGCAUAUUCCUGCUGACGGGCAUGAUGCACCCGAGCGAGUUCUGCUGUCUCCUGCACGGUUUUUGGUUCUUUCUCUGCAUCCCCGCCGGCUAUCUGAUCCUCAUGAUCUACAGCAUAUGUAACAUCACCGACCAAUCUUGGGGAACUCGAGAGGUUGAAGAGCACUCAGUGCGCGUGGCACACCGGAACUGGCAGGACCGACUGACAGCAAUGUUCAAGGAGGUGUUCUUCUGUUGUUUCACUCGUCGUGAGACGAGGUCAGUAGAGAGCCAAACGGAGGCGGGUGUUCGGAAGCCGAUGUCGCGCAGCGGAUCCGUGAUUGAAUCGUCGGAAACCAAUACCGACGCCAAGACAGCGAGAACGUUGAACACAUCUGAAGCCGGGCUGCCGAGCAUUCAUGAAGCAUAUGACGAGGUAGAUGAUGCCCGUAAAAGCUUCUCGGAUACGGAAGAGGACGACGACAAGAUAAACAAUGAGGAAGGUGUAAAGGUGGAAGAAUGGCUGACGCCUGACUUUGAUGCAUACGACAUCGUGGUUCAAAAGUUUAAAGAAUACGGAUUUGAGAACACCAUCUUCAUCAGCAAAAUGACAGACAACGAGCUUACAGAUAUGGGUAUCAAAAGGUCGGGACAGAAACGCUACCUGAUGGAGAAAAUAAAGACACUCCCAGACUACGAGAUUGUUGCGGAUGUACCGAAAGACGUCAAAAGUUGGUUGACGAAAAUUGGCCUGGAAAUGUACACGACCAACUUCAAACAGGAGCACAUUAACUCCUCUAAAGAUAUAGAGAUACUGAAGUCCUUCUCUCGAAAAGACAUAGAAACGGAGCUGAAAAUCACCAAAUUAGGUCACAUCAAACGGCUGAUGCAAGCUAUUGCCAAACUGAGGAACCCAACAUCCGGUGAACGGAAGAUUCUUGAGGUAGGACAACGUUUAAAGAAAUCUGUCUUGCACAAGAUGCGCGAACACCAGCCGGAAGAGGAAGAAUUCUGGCAGACGCUUCAAAAUUUGUGUCUUUUGCCCCAGUCCACUGCGUAUGGACUUGAGGAAGAUCUUAAACGUGACUUGAGAGAGUUGCGAAAUAAGUGGAUCUUCAUUCUGGCUGUGUUCAACACACUUUGGAUGGUCCUAAUCUACACCCUCUCUGAUCAGGGGAAGCUACUCAGUGUCGCCAGCAGUAAUCCAGUCGGUCUGGUAGUGCUUGUGGUAUUCAGCUUUGUGCUUUUUAUCCAGUUUAUCGCCAUGAUCAUUCACCGCAUUACGACCGCCACACACUUCCUGGCACGCGCCCCUACCGGUUUGGUGCUAAAUACCGCACCGCGUGGGCUCUAAAUGACUGUGACAUGCGAGAGGAAACAGAGGCCAGGAAGGCGCGCGCAGACGCGAAAAAGCUGGCAGAAGAGCGCAUCUAGAAUGGUAGAUCCACUAGGGUGGCUAAACCGGAAGAGAAACAGCCACUGCUUCGGCAAUCGGAAGACUCCAUAUCCAUCGUCUGAAACGGCGAGACACAAAUAUAUUAUACCAUGACGACAUAAAUUGAAUAGUGAUAUAAACAUUGCACAUUUUUCAAUACAGAGUUGCCGUUCAUUAGCUUUCAUACAAAGACUCCGAGUUUGGAUACGUGAUCUAAUUAUUUCAAUUAUAUAUACUCAUAAGAUUAUGUGUUUUAAUAGUAACGUUUGAUAAAUGUGUAUAUUAAAAUCUAUAGCAUAUAUAUGACAUAUAUUACUUGCGUGCAAUAAGUUUUAGCUUUAUCUUUUCAAUGAGAUACAUGAAACAAAUAUUAUAUAUAUUAUUAAAUAGUGACUAUAUAAAGCACGAUUGCGAUUAACUCUGACGAAAUGUAUUUAGAUAAAAUUCAACCAUCUUUUAAAAAAACAGAUACGAAUUGAGAAAUAAUUCAAUAAAUAGGUUGGGUUAAAUGUUCCUGUUGAGGACAGGUAAGCGUAUUUGCUUAAAACGAAAACCCGAUCCUCAAUUUGGACAUAAUAAAAACGACCUGAUAUGGUUUUACUGUAUGGGAGGCCAUGUUUAGGCUUCAUAAGCCUCGUAUUGCAAACGUAUCUGCAUCCAAAAUUAAUUAAGUAUUAUCUCAGUUAUUUACAUUGAUAUGGACACCGUGGUCAAGAUUAUAAGCAAUUAUUAUUGAUUAACGAGCAAAACUUCAUUAUCCCGUAUACAAGGAUCAACAUUUUAUCAUGUUUUGCUUUAACAUUGUGUAGUGUUCGCUGUUUAAUCCCCCAUUGUUUUAGGAUAUAUACGUUGAUCGUUUAUAUUAUUUUUACUAAUUAUGAGUAAUUAGCGUUCAUGUAUCGCAGUCAUGUAAUAUUAAGUACUGUGUAGUAAUGUUUUUAAUGAAAUGUUUAUUAUUUACAUGUUAUAACAUAUUUGUAUCGUUACAACUUUUCCAUGUCAUUUGUUGGUGAUUGAAUUUCAUCUUUUGUAUCUAAAAUAUACAUAAUUAUUGUUACAAAUGAAUA